ACUUUCUUUAUAAUGUGUAAAAAAAAAAAAAAAAUCAGAUGCAAAUGUGACACAAAUGUUGGCAAAGCAAAAUGUUAUUUUCGUUAUUUCAGUGACACAGGGCGGGAGUCCGCGUUACAUUCACGGACACACUUUAUGUUUAACGUGUCGUUAACGGCAGAGCGGUUAACUGUCCGUGUCCGGAGAGUCAACAUGAUCCGUUUGGCUGUUUAACUUAAAAGUCGCCACCGGCUGUCAAACAGAAAAAAAAAAAAGCGGGGGUUGAUCUCACGGCGGUUACACAGUGCGGGAAAUUAACGUGAACUCAACCGCCCCUUUGCUCAACGGAUUUUUUACAACGGCUGUUUUUUUUUUUUUUUUUUUUGGCUGGUUUUUUACCCACAGUCAUGUGAUUGUAACGUAAAACCCCUAACCGGAAAACAGCGACGGACGACCCUCUCCGCCGCCAACGAAUGCUGCGUUUGCGAGGAACAGUACAAGCUGCUGCGAGCCCAGAGAGAGAGGACGGACGGACGGAGUCCUCCAACCCCCCGACACCCGGUAACAAACAAACAAACGGCGACAAGAACGGCAAACUCCACGGUUUUUUAAGCGGAGUGCAGGUUGAAGAAUGGAGUUGGCCAACCAUGGUCUUAUCCUGCUGCAGCAGCUUAACGCUCAGAGGGAGUUUGGCUUUCUGUGCGACUGCACUGUGGCUAUAGGAGAUGUCUUCUUCAAAGCCCACAAAGCUGUCCUCGCUGCCUUCUCCAACUACUUCAGAAUGCUCUUCAUCCACCAGGACAGUGACUGUGUGCGCCUAAAGGCUGCUGACAUACAGCCAGAUAUCUUCAGCUACCUCCUCAACUUGAUGUACACAGGCAAGCUUGCACCCCAGUUGAUCGACCCUGCACGGCUGGAGCAGGGGGUCCGAUUUCUUCAUGCCUAUCCACUCUUGCAGGAGGCCAGCCAGUCUGUGUAUUCACACCCUGAGCACAGCAUCAACCUUUCCACCUCCCUCUACGGCAUCCAGAUCUCUGACCAACAGGUAGCGCUUUCAGCCAGGGUGCCCGCUCGGCGGCAGCUUUCCUCACCAUUUGAUAUGGAGCAAAUCAGCUCAGAAGGGAAGUAUCCGUCCACGGCAGCUGCUACGGCUUCAUACGCAAAUUCCUUACCGUCCAAGCUUGCUUCCUCACCACUUGACAUGGAGGCCUCAACCAGUGGCACCAAGCCUACAGUUGAGGAGGUCGGAAUGGAUUUGCUGAGUGCAGAUGCCUCCUCAGCCAAUGCCAUCCUCCAUGUAAAACCCAGUAUCAUGAAGAGAAGUUCUUCCUUUAGGAAGCAUUACUCCUGCCAUCUGUGCAGGAGCCGAUUCACCCAGAGAAGCAUGUUGAGAGAGCAUCUCCUCCAACAUACCCAGGCUUUGCAGCAGGUGCCAGCUGAGACCAGCAAUGCACUCUCACCUGUCAUGCCUGGAGAGCAUAGCAUGCUAGAGGUAGAGGGGGUCAUUAAGGGAAGCAAGAUGGGGUCAAGUGCCUCAGCUUCUACUACAGCAGUAGAGAUAAUCAGUGACAGCGAGCAGACGCCUGUUUCAGGUACCAACUCGGACUCUCCCCGAGCAGAGGUCUCCACGUCCAGCUGGGGGUUAGGAGGAUUAAAUUCUCAGGCAGACACACCACCUCCGUCAGACAUUGCGGACAUCGACAACCUGGAGAGUGCCGACCUGGACAGGGAAGUGAAGCGGCGGAAGUAUGAGUGCUCCACCUGUGGGCGCAAGUUUAUUCAGAAGAGCCACUGGCGUGAACAUAUGUACAUCCACACGGGCAAGCCCUUCAAAUGCAGCGCUUGCGGCAAGAGCUUCUGCCGGGCCAACCAGGCAGCACGCCAUGUGUGCUUGAACCAGGGGGCGGACACCUACACCAUGGUGGACCGACAGAGCAUGGAGCUGUGUGCCGCAGGCGACGACAGUAGCCAGAUGGAUGCGAUGUUCUUGGGCUCGUCAAAGCCUUACAAGUGUAACAUUUGUGCGACCACCUUCUCCAGUCCCAAUGAGGUGAUCAAACACUUGUGCUUCACCCAGGGGGGAUUAGUGGGGCUGCAGGGAAACAGUGGUGCAGGGAUGCUGCUCCAGCGUGAAGAGUUUUCCAAAGAUGAAGGCUCUGAUUUGUCCAACUCUGGCACCCCACUGGAACCCAUAAAGACUGAGGAAAUCCUCGUAGAGUAGUGCCAAAGCUGUGUAUUUUGUCCUUUUUAACAUGUUUGUUUAUUUUCUAAAUUAUGGUUAAUAGGUAAGCUAAAGGUGAAGUUAGUCAGGGUAUGUAUGGUGGUGCUUCUCAAUCUACUAAAACUUUUUGGAGCAAUUUUUUUUUUUUUUUGGUACCUUAAUUUGGAAUUUGCUGGCCCUGAGUAUGACGCAAAGUAUAUUGAAUAGUAAAAUAAAUAGCCUAUAGCUCUCUGCAGUUUCACUCAAGGCUACGUUGAAUUACCAUUGAGGGAGAGGAAAUAACCAUUAACUUGUACCUCAUCUCAUCAUUUUAUUGUUGGUGUACAUUGGUAUUAGACUCCCACAUGUCAGGCUUUACCACACUGUAUAUUUUCUGAAGAGCUACCGUUGUGGUAAGGCUGCACAGGCGGACUUUGAGCGUAAAAAGGAAGAGGAAGCUGAGGCGGUUCCGGAGGAGACAGCAGGUUAUGAGAUGAGUUGGUUGUGUGCUUAGACAAAGAGGUUCAAACUACUAACAAUCCCUCUGGUGUUGUACAUGAGAGUUGUUUCUUCUUGAUAUUUUUACAUCAGGUAUAGAUUAUAAUUCCAGCUAAAAGCACACAAUAUAUUCAGACCUGAGACAAUCUGUGCUCUUUUUUUGAGUAGAUAUGCAGGAAAGUACACUUGUCUUCCAUUCAUGUGUUGGUUGACUCAGAAGAUUGAAUACCUUGAAAUGUAAUGACUAUUAUUUGCAUCCUUCUCACCAACCAUUUAGUUGUUUUACUCUGUGUUUUGUUGACUGUGCUAAGUGUGAUUAUGGUUCUUAUGUCAUUACACCAUAUUAAAGCACAAUUACUCUGCAUAAUAAGAGUUUGGCCACUGAAACUGGUCAAAACAAGCAAGGGUGGUCAUUGUGUUUACAGUUGAGCCACUUUUAUUCAUUUUCCCUUACAUUGUAUAACUCUAUGGUAAAGAAGAAACAUCUUCCAUUCAGAAACACUUUGAUGGGAGGCUGUCCUGUACAAUACUGCACAUCACGUCCUUUUAUAAUUUGUUUGAAUCUACGCCUAAAAACCCAUAAUUUUUGUUUGACAUACUUCUCUAAUUUUAUAUACAUUGCCAUAUUUACAAGAUUUAUAUUGCAAAGGUUGUAUGUACUGUAUGUUAAUAGAUAAAUGGAUUUCAUUUGGUUUAGCAAACGUUUAUAUAUUAGGGAUGGGCAUGAUGAAUUUAUCUUUUAACUUUUUCAAGAAAUAGGUUAAUAUUGUUUGGGAUUUUAAAAGUCCGGUGUGAAGGAUUUUUAAUUUUUAAUAUUUCUCCCCUUCCAAGCGUAUAGGACAAACUACGGUGUCUGAGAAACUCACAAAAAAUCCUCAUCUUGAGCCAGUGUGAAAAAAUAAUGGUGCAACAUGGCAGACUCUGUAGAAGAGGACUCGCUCUUUCUGUAGAUAUGAAAGACUCAUUCUAAGGUAACAAAAACAUAACAAUUCUUAAUUCCAGGUGAUUAUACACAAAUGAAAACUUACUUAAGAAUACUGAUUUCGUUUUUGCCAAUGGAUCCUCCUAAAUGUUGCACACUGGACCUUUAAGGUCUCUUCUCCGAUUUCUGACCGCUUUUUUCAUUUUGUGCAAAGAGAAACUUUGUCCAAAUCAGGAAAAGAAGCAGCAGUUCCAAGAGAAGUCGUUUAUCAAAAAACAGCGUGGGAAAGAAUAUGCAGGUAAACAUGGGGAAAUGUAUAUGAGGCAGAGAUAGUCGAGUUUGAAUGCAACAUCUCUCAGUCAUAUAAACUCGAGCAGGGAUGACGGCAUGACACAGAGUUACGCCUUAAUGAGAAGCUGUUUGCAUAAAAAAAUAAAUAAUAAGGUGAUAUCUCUAAAUACCCGACUGUCGGGAUACAUACAGUAUGUGUUAUAGGAAUAUAAAAUAUGCUAUUUAUUAUAAUAAGUGUUUGAGAUAAAAGAAGUGCAUUCUAUCAAACUACUGAUGACUGGAAAUUGUGAAGAAUCUUUACAGACAUGUUUGGCUAAGUGUAACAGUAGCACAAGUAGCAUAAUACAGGUUGUUCAGGAGCAAAAUUCUUACUACUUUUUUCUUAUAGAGAUGAAGUGUUUUGUAACAGUUUAGAAUAUUAAGAUGAAGGCAUUUUAGGGAGGUUUAGUGUUGUUAUUGUUCCUUAUAGUGGAAAAAAACAAUAAAAUUCUACAUUUUUAUGUUAUUGCUACAACUGUAUUUUUUCAACCUAUAAGGUUAGAAAAUCUCUGUGUCUUCCAACACAAGUUUUAGUAUCCUUGUAUGCUACCACCCAACACAGCACUGACAGCUAGUCACUCAAUUUAACAUUUCAGAAAACUUGUAAAAUAAUAAAUUUAAAGCAAACUUGUAAAACAUGAAACCUCAUUAAUUAUGUAUUGUUAUUAUGUAGUCUUAUGUUGGAUCUUUUGAGUUAUUUUAAUCAUUUUGUGGAAAUAUGAAACAUGCCCAUCCCUAGUAUGUUUAAUAUUUGUAGUUGUGUUUGUUUUCUUUUGAGCCAAUUUCACCCAGCCUGUGACAGUGAGGAUGAGGCCCAGUUCCAAUUUGGUUUAAGUGGAGGUUUUGUACUUAAAGUCACACUAUAUUGUGUAUUCUAAGUAUUGAAAGGCAGUCACUGCUUUGAUGCAAUGAGCCCAGUGUUUGACUAGAUGGAGCUGUUUCUCUUAUUUGUCUACUCAGGUCUAGUGAGGGCUGUCGGAUUCGAAGUUAUAUCUUUCAUAGUGUUUUUGUGGUGCGGUUGCUAAUGAUAUGACCAUCUUUGCCAUGAAUCUAUAUUCAAACACAUUUUUGUUCACAUAGAAAAACACACAUAUCUGUGAAUUUAAUCUUACAAAUGUUUAGUAUUGACUAACAGGGAAGGAUUUUUGUUUGUUUUGUUGAGGGAAUUGAAAUGCUGUACUACUGACAUUCAUUUCUCAGAGCUCAAUUGAUACACAGAAAUAUGCACACCUUCCUCACUUCAAGUCGUAAUUGUUCUUCUGCCACGCCAGUCUUGUAACUUAAUGGUUGUGUGCGUAUGUGUGAGUUUAAACAUCUCAGUAACUCAGGAAGGUGAGAAGUUUCGUUAUUCACAGUCCUUUCUUUCCUCCACAAAAAUCAUUAAUUUCCAUCCCAUGAUCUUACUCCCCAGUGCCCAUCUGACAUCUGCUGUGAUCGAUCUGUGUUCUCAGGAAUGUGAGUAAUUUUCUGUAUAAACAACCUUUUUUCAGUGGAGAAUGAACAAUAAAAACAUGUUUUUUUUUUGUUUUUUU